AAGCUUCAUUGAUAUUCCUUUCUAUGACUCGUUGUCUACUCCAUUUGAUCUCAAAGCAGAGAGAUUGAUAAGCCUAAGCCUCUCGUUCUUGUAGAAGAUAAGAUUAGAAUCGAAAUCAUUUCCUGAUCUCGAUUCCAGUGAAUUGGCGAAUUUGUGCAGCAGAGCAUCAAUCAGAGAUGCAGCAAUCACGAGCAAGACUGUUCAAGGAGUACAAAGAGGUUCAACGAGAGAAAUUAGCUGAUCCUGACAUUCAACUCGUGUGUGACGAGACCAACAUAUUCAAAUGGACUGCACUUAUCAAGGGACCAUCAGAGACUCCUUAUGAAGGCGGAGUGUUCCAGCUUGCCUUUGCUGUUCCUGAAAAUUAUCCUCUGCAGCCUCCUCAAGUUCGGUUCUUGACUAAAAUAUUCCAUCCCAAUGUGCAUUUCAAGACAGGGGAGAUAUGUCUUGACAUAUUGAAGAACGCGUGGAGCCCUGCCUGGACGCUUCAGUCAGUGUGUAGAGCCAUCAUAGCUUUGAUGGCUCAUCCUGAGGCGGACAGUCCUCUUAACUGUGACUCAGGAAACCUACUAAGAUCUGGGGAUGUGAGAGGGUUCAAUUCAAUGGCACGCAUGUACACACGCCUCGCCGCUAUGCCUAAGAAAGGAUGAUCAUCCUCUCGUGCUUUUCUUUUGCUUACAUUAUUAAAAGAUUCACAUGUAAGGUUACAAAGAAGAUGUUUCCUUCUUAUUAAAUAUGAGCUUAUUGGUUUACAAUAAUUGUAUUACAGUUUUAGUAAGAAGUAAUGUUUCCUUGUUUAAGGAACUUGUCAAACCAAUCUGAUGUUUCUUUGAUCAUAAAGCUUGUUACUUCGUGUCCAA